GGCCUGACGUCAUAUUUGUGCGCAAAGCUGAGCUGGCUUUCUAAAGACGGUAUAGCAGCCUCUAGUCUUUAUGAUACAAUUAUACUAUGUUAUUUUGCAGUGUGGUGUUUCCGUUAACUUACAACGUACGCCUUAAAAGUGACGCUGAUCAGGUUAAUUACCCGUUUGUAUUGCAAGCUCGGAUCUGUCUGUGUUUUUAGCCAAAGGCUUAAUCCCAGUCGCCGUCGUCCACCGAGAAAUAUCAAACAUCAUGACCAAGCUUUUGGAGUGGGUGUUCGGCGUCUCGGUAUUAGGAGCAGCCUGGGCAUUUGUCACAUUCGACAUCCUGAAGAUGAGCAUCCCUCGGCCCUACAGGGAGGUCGCCUGGCCCAUGCCCCUGUACCUGCUGGUCACGUUCGGCUGCUAUUCUCUGGCCACAGUGGGAUACAGAGUGGCCACCUUCAACGACUGUGACGACGCAGCAAAGGAACUACAGGCGCAGAUAAUAGAAGCCAGAGAGGACUUGAGAAAAAAGGGAUUAAAGUUCUGAAUAAAAAUAUAUAUACUUUGAAACAUUGGAAGAGAAAACAUUGACGUUUGGCUUUUUCAGACCACUAAACAAUAAUCUAAUUUAUAAAGUGAGCAGUCAUUGAGUCACCGUGUGAUUGUGCAUGAUUACGAUUGGUUCUAGGGUUGCUAAUGACUGAUUUGUAAAAGGGAUCAGCAAUUUGUAAGUCAUUGUUUAAGAAAGAUUUUUUAAAACGUAGCUAGUGUGCUUUGCUGGCUCAUUUACCUUUAAACAGAUGUCAAAACAUUCUUGAAUGUGUUGCAGUGCAACUUUUUUUCUUCUGUGACAACAGCAAUCUCUAAUACAAUGCAUUCUGAAGAGUCAACAGUACCAAAUGCUUGUGAUUUCUAGCAAAUGAUAAAGCAAGGCAACUGAAAGUAUAGGAGUAUCUCUUACAGAAUGCUUUAAGUGGAUAAAGUGGUCCAUGCAGUUUAUCUUUCCAUUGUCUGUUGGUUGACUUUUAAGGUUAUGCUAUGCGACUUAAAAUUGAGCUGGUUUUCUGUAGUCCUUUGUAUGUUUGUCUGGGUAUUGUAGUUUGAUACUAGUAUUUAUGAAUGCUGGUAUCUGUGAUAGACGUCUUCGGAGAGAGCAGCUGGUCUAGGCUCGAGUUUCGAUCCACCCAUAACUUUUCUAAUAAACAUAAAAACACAAU